CACAACCGGAAGUCUAGCUGGAACUGAGUUAGUCCAGUUGAACGCGACUUUAACGUGUAUUUACUGUUAGUAUUACGAUGUAUUCGCUAAGAGAAUCAUUUAAAGGACUAUUUCGACCACAGGCUGUGGUUUCUUCAUCUUCAUCUCCUACCACCAUAAUGUCACCCAGUCACAGUAUGUCCUCAUUAGCAGUCAGAGCACAUGAAAUGCUAGACAGCAUUCUGGGAGCACAAGAAACCAGUUCAACUACAGUGGCAGAUAACCAAGCCAGGGACUUGUGUCAUUUCUACUGUAAUCUGAUACCUGAAGACAAAGCUGUGUUUUUGAAGACCCUUGCUCAUGAUUAUGGUGUGGACCAUAACAUUAUCCUUCAGAUUGCACAAAAUCUCAGUAUGGCUCAGGAAAGAGGAGAGGGUGUCCUGCUGAAAACAGAAGAAAGGCUGAAGCAUGCAUUAGUUCCCAAAUAUAAUCUAGUUUUUACACAGAUUGGUCAUUUAAAUGAUGGUGUGAAGUUUUUGGUUGAUAUGAGAGCAGAUAUUCUGCAUCUUCUGAAUACCACUUGCCACAGUACAGAUCAAGAUAAUCCUUACCUUAAAUCAUUGAUCAACCACUUGAGAGAUCUCAUUGCCAUUUGGUUCUCAGUAGGAUUCAUGACAUUAGAGAGGGUCACUUGGGAAUCUGCAUGCGAUGUCUUACAAAAGAUAUCAGAAUAUGAAGCUGUCCAUCCAAUCAGAAAUUGGACUGAUCUCAAGCGACGUGUGGGACCAUAUCGCAGAUGUUAUGUCUUCACACAUCACAGCAUGCCAAGAGAACCGGUUGUGGUACUCCAUACAGCUCUGACAGAUGAAAUAUCCAACAGUAUUCAGUCCAUUGUUAGUCAUCCUGGUUUAGAGCAGGAAUCAAGUGUAAAUGGUGCAAGGAAGGAAGAUCCUAAUUCUGUCAAUACUGCUAUUUUUUAUUCAAUAACUUCAACACAAAAAGGUCUCCAAGGUAUUGAGUUGGGUAAUUAUUUAAUCAAGAGAGUUGUUCAAGAACUGCAGUCUGAAUUCUCACAGAUUCAGCAGUUUGCCAGCUUAUCGCCCAUUCCUGGAUUCAGAGAGUGGCUUCUGCUAGAGAUGAACAGAUAUCUUCAUGCAGAAGCUGCAGGUGAAUACCCAGAGCAGAAGCUGUUCACUGGUAGAGAGCUGCAAGAGAUUGCAGACAAUGUCGGAGAUACCAGAGACAAAUCCACAAUAGAGACAAUAAUGAAACUUAUCAAAACAAAUAAUUGGGCUCAAAGUGAAUUUUUGCCUGACCUUUUAAAGGAGCCAUUGAUGAGACUUUGUGCAAGGUAUCUGUAUGUAGAAAAGAGGAGAGGAUUUGCUUUUAAUCCUGUUGCAAACUUUCAUUUGAGGAAUGGUGCUGUUAUGUGGCGCUUGAACUGGCUAGCUGACACCACAACCAGGGGACUGAGUGCCUCUUGUGGAAUGAUGAUCAAUUAUUGCUACUUCUUAGAAAAAACUGAGGAGAACAGUAAAGUGUACAUGGAAAAACAUCACAUUGAGGCCUCGCCACAGAUUCUCGAACUUGUCAAAGCGAAUGUUGGGAUUGAAACCAAGAGCCACUUAUAAACACUAAGAAGAAAAUUCAGUUCGAAUGUUGGGAUUGAAAUCAAGAGCAACUCAUGAACAUUACGUAAGAGGAAAAUUCAGUUCAUUAUCAUAAAAACUAAGAAUAAUAUCAAUAUUCAUUCACAAGUUCUGAACCCUGAAGAGAAAAAACGUUAACUUUUCACUUUAAUUGGCUGCCAAGUGGUUUGUUUCUGCUAUAAAGAUUCAUGAUAAGUUUGUUUCCAGACGCAGCAAUGAUUGAAAUAAUGAGUGCAAUGUGAAGAAUCAGCAUAUGUGUGUUUGAUGUAUGCAUUAUCUUGGAUGAAGAGGUACCACUUUGUAGUGAGCAUGUAGCCUUAGAAAGGGGAGUUUUGGAGGUACUUAGUAGGGCAUUUAUAUGAAACUAAUAUCAUUAUUUACAUGUGACUAUUAAUGUAUUAGAUCUAAUUACAAAAUUGGUUAAAAAUUCAGUCUUCAUGUUUAUUGUUGUGUAUUCGAUUUGAUUAAGAUUCUACUUAGAAGAUACAAAUGUUGUAUACCCAUUUCUAGGAAAAAAUUAGUUCCCAUAACUUUUGAUAUACUACUGAGUUUGUAUUAACUACAGUAAUGUUUUUAUAUGUUCUUCAAUUCAUGUUUCCAAUUUUUUUUUCUACUUAGCAUACUUCAAUAGUGGUAAUUUGUCCAUAUUUCAAGUACAAACCAAAUUAAAGUAAAAAAAA